GCAUCUUCUUGUAGCCGCCAGUGUUACGGUUGCUUACAUACCAAAUAAUAAGCUGAGAAAAUGCUAGGGGAGACAGCGGAGCGCGAUCAGCCUGUAAAUGGGGCAAGCGAGCCGCAUUUCCCCAUAGUCUUUAGCCUGCAACAGGACCAAUCGGAACAGAACCAAUCUGUUCUUGAUGAGGAGCGUGAGAAGCAUAAACGCCGGGCGCAGCGCUUCGGCACCGAGUACCAUGACCCAGGUCGCGUGCGGCGGGACUUCGGGCUCAUGAUGGAGGCGCGGCGGGAGCGGCUGGUGCGGCCAGACCACCGCUUCACCACCGGUGAUCUGGACCUCUUCUCCCAGGAGGAACAGGCCAAGCGCGCCGCCCGCGCCGCCCGCUUCCAGCUGUCCGCCCCGCUGGCCCCCUCCGUGGACGCCUACCGGCCCGACGAGGAGCUGCAGGCGCGGGCCAGGCGGGCAGCCAAGUUUGGAGUGCCGUACCAACCGACGGAUGCCGUACUCAUGGACAUGGAUCUGUACGAGCAGCGGCGGGAGGUGGGAUCUGACGUGGAGCGGCGGCCCAACGCCAUCUACCUGUACGGCGUGGACGUGAUGAGCACCAAGGAGGUGCUGUCGUACUUCACCGAGUACGGCCCCGUGUUCGUGGAAUGGCUGGAUGACUCAUCAUGUAACGUGUUGUUCUCGGACGCUAACAGCGCCAAGCGGGCUCUGGUGGGCAAGGGCACUCCGCUGCCCCCAAAUGUCAUCACCUCCACUUCCGCCACCGCACAGCAGCCCCAGCAGCAGCAGCAAGGCGAGGCUGGGUUGGCGGCGGCAGCAGCACAGGAGUCCAUGACGGAUGCGGCGAUGGCAGCUACCGCUAGGGAAGGGGAGGCGGCGCAGCCCGGGGAGGCUGGAACAGCAGCAGGGGAAGCAGCAGCAGGUGCAGGUGGGGGUGGAGGUACGACAGUACGGUACCAGCCGGAGCUGCCGGUGCCGGACAACCUGGCGGAUGUGGCAAACCUGCCGUACAUCUGGCACAAGGGCCGCGACUUCAUCAAGGACGGCACGCCCAUCUCGCUGGUGUUCCGCAUGGCCACUGCGGCGGACGUGCGCGACAUGCACCAGCCCAAGCGCACCCGCAGGCUGUGGACGGCGGCGGGGGG